GUCAGAGCAACGUCUGUGAGUGGCCUAACAGCUACGUCAAAAAAGGAGAUGGCAAUUGUCAGUUUUUGAAUUUGUAUUGACGGUUUGACGGUUAUAUUACCGGAUUUUCUGGAUUUUGAAAAGUGUUUAUAAUAGGAGGUGAUCGUUUUAAUUUGAUUUAAAAUAAGUCAGCUAGAUUAAACCAAGGAAUAUGGAGAAGAACGGAGGUCAAGCACGGCUGAACUGUAGUGCAAAUGGAAAAUUGGACACCAGUAAGGAAAGCGUAUCAAAUACUGGCGGAAGGUACAAAUUUUACAGAAAACCGUCGUUUAGAAAAACUGCACCUCCGGUCAGACAAACAAAGACAAGCUUAAAAAGAAUGCUAUUAGCUGACCCACUGUUGAAACUGAGUGAGAACGAAUUUGGCCCACCACAAUUAUCAUCUACAAAAAAUUUAGAAAUCAAACAAGGUACGAUGUUUUGUCACACUUUUUUACAUUCCAUUCUGUUUAUCUUUAUCCUACAUAUAACAUGUUACAAUAAUACACUAAUAGCGCUGAGAUUGACAAUUUACUUGGCUCUUGAUGGUAUUCUAAUGUUCUGUGGUAUGCUAAUGUUAGAAAAGGCAUAAUUUAUCCAUCUGAACGCCGGACAGAGAAGCAGAUCUUCAUGAUAAUAAUUUGCCCACUAUGACGAAGCAUUUUUGCAAUGAGGUGUGAAGCCGGCUGCACAUUCCCAAUUAACAAACAAUGUGGCUCGUGCAAAAACAGCGAUGCAGCCUCAUUUCCAAUCAGAAAACGUGUUAAACACAAAAAGAGCAACACAUUCUCAAUCAUUAGAAAAUCUGUCAAAUGCGAAGCUGGCACCACAUCCUAAGUUUUCAGAAAAUAAACAAAGUGCAAAACGGAGGUCUAGAUCCGCAGAAAAUAUGUCGAGACAAUCAAAAUCAACAGCUCGUUCCAAAUCAUCAGAAAAGGUGUCACAUGAAUCAAAACCAGGAGCUCAGUCUAAAUCAACAGAAAACAUGUCAUGUUCAAAAUGGUCAGCACAUUCCCACUCAUCAGAAAAGAAGUCAGUCAAUAAACAUGCUAGCGAGAUAUCGCCGAUACUGGAAGUGAGUAGAGAGGAAAACCUUGUAUUUAGGACCCCGUCAGCAUACCAAAGAAGAAGCGUUGCCAAAUUUACUCCCAAUACAUCUGCUAGAAGGUCCUUGUUCGUCCAAUCGAAAGUCUUUCCAACUCUAGAAGAAUUGCAGCACAGACUGAAUGGCUGGUUGCUGAAGCAUGGCAAAAAUCCGACGACGUUCUCGCAUUUGCAGGAGUUGGUAGGUCAAAAGGUCGGAGAUGAAGACAAGGAAAAUGUCGUAGAGGUUCCUAAAAAUGCCGGCAGCUAUGAAGAUUUGCAUAUUCUCCCAGAAGAAGCUAAGCCUAAACUGCAGAUUUCUGGAGAAGAAACAGACCACCUUGCUAGAGAAGCAUUGCAGGAUCUGUUUAAACUUAUACAAGAGGAAUACCCGGCUUCUCACUGUGAAUCUUGGUUAGGGCAGAUUGUGGGAAAAUGCGAAAAAUUGAAAGACGAGCCUCAGUACUGGGAGUGCCGCGCGAAAAUUGAGCAGAUGCGAGGCAACGUCGGCGAUGCUAUCGAACAUUAUAAAACUGCUAUCAUUCAAGGCGCUGAGGUUAGUGAAGUUGAUCAGUCUCUCGACUCGCUGUUACAGAAAUUCAGUCUGCUGAAUAUCGAAAACGACCUGCACGAUAGAUCGAAACUGUCCAAGCGCAAGACGAAGGUAAUGAGGGAGCUGCACGAUGCGUUCAAGUCGUCAGUGAUCAAGUUUGCGGUACAAGAGAAAAAACUGAAAAACCAGAAAUUGAAGAUAGUGGUGACACCGGUAAGGAGGAGCAGCAGACUGUCUCCUUCCGUAUAUACUUCAACGCCCGGUGUGAAGCUAUAUAAUUCGAUUAACGAUAUGGAACCGAGCGAAAAGAAGAACAUGAGUUUUGUGAAAAAUAAAGCGUUGUAGUUCGUGCUUGAUCAAGUCGUUUUUGAUUUUAAACGUUUAGUCUGUGGUAUUACUGUAAUCUAUUUAGUGUAUUCUUAAGUCGCGUUCAUAUUGAGCGUUAUCAACGCGCGCGUUUUCGUUUUCACAUCUGAUGCGUUUGGUAACAAGCGGUUGUUACCUAAUUAGAAAAAGAAAUAAAAAGAGACAAGGCGUUCAUGAACUUAACAAAAAGGGAGUCACUUAUGGUGAACAUCAUAAUCAUCUUCGCGGAGAUCCAGUACGUUUUUUCCACUCUUUAAGGAUGUCAGUGGAAACGUUUAAUCAUAUUUUAGACAUAAUAAUGCCCAGACUUCAACUAAUUUUAAAAAGCGUGUUUCUCCAUCAGAAAGGCUCCAGGGAUGUAAGUAAUACGAGGGAUGUCUUUUAAGUUUUGCAUAUAGAAACAUAUCUGACAAUUUCUUUACUCUCCCGAAAAUUAAAAACAAAGGUUCCAGUCACCAGAAGAAGCAGUUGAUGCUUUAAAAAAUGCCGUUUUGGAUCUGCCAGCAAACGAGUGAAAUAAGUGCUUCGAAAAUUGGUUCGUGAAGAAUACUUCGAAAAACAAUAAAGUCAUUUGAAGGACAUCCCUCGUAUAUCUUUUUUUCGAUAUUUAAUAUAU